UGUCAUGCCCGUAUUUUUAGGUUAUGUCUGUUUGUUUGCUUAUAAGUUUUUAAAUGUAAAAUUUUUAAUGAAAAUAAAAUGAUCAAGUCUUCCCAAAAAGGUUUCUACGAUCUAAACGUAAGCGCCAGUUGCUUUACGUCGGAUAAAUUGACCAACGAGACGUUAAAAGUUUUACACGAAUGGGGCUAUAGGACCGUAGCAGUUACCACAAAAAUUGAUACGGAUGCCCAAUCGGGAACGGAAUCGAAAAAAAAGAAGAAAAAAGGCGAAGCUCGAGAGCCAACAGAACUUAUACCAACCCCAUUUAACUUGGAGCAGUUGAGGGAAGCGGCACAGAAGUUAAGCUACGAAUUCACAUUUUUUACUAGGCUUACGUUAGUGUUUUCAAGUCAGGACAAUUUACAUAAAUACACAAAAAGCCUCAACUAUAAAAAGUAUAAUAUAAUUGCCGCCCUGCCCACCACUGUGCCCGCCCUCAGUUAUUGUUGUAGUACUUUGGAUGCUGAUAUAAUAAGUUAUGAUCCGGAAAACCGGUUUAAUUUAAGGCUGAAUAGGAAACAGUACUCGCAGUUAGUAGAGCGAGGGUACCAUUUCGAGCUCACAUAUAGUCCUGCCAUAAUAGACUAUACUAAACGUAAAAAUUUAAUACAUUUGUCACACCUGUACCAUACUACUGGCAAAUCAAAAAAUAUAUUUUUCUCAAGUGGAGCUGAAGAACCGAUUCAUUUAAGAAAUGCUUACGACAUUAUAAGUUUAGGUUUCCUCUUUGGCUUGAAUGAAAUGCAAUCUAAGAAUGCUGUGUCACAUUGCCCUAGGAAUGUAAUAGUAAACGCCAAUGGGCGAUCACAUGGUAAAACUGCGAUUAUGGUGGAAAAUAUGGCCAUGGAAAUGGAUAUGUCAAUACAGAUUCUUUCAGAUGAGGAAAUGGAUACUGAUGAACCCGUGCAAAAGAAGCAUAAGCAGUAACAAUUUGCUAGGUCAAGUGUUAUUAAUGUUUAUACAGUUUAUGUUUUUAUGUAAGUGAAACUACGAGAUACAAAACGUGUUUUUAUUAAAUACCUUUCAAGCCA